AUGGGCAAUCAUCAUAGCCAGUCUUACACCUUCUCUGAAGGCAGUCAGCAGCUGCCCAAAGGGGACACCCAACCCUCAGCAGUCGUGCAGCCACACAGCCACCUGGCAGGUAGAGGAGAGCCAAAGACCCAGCAGCCUGCCAAAGAUUCAAGUCAUCAGCAUUUUGAUGUGAAACGGGAUGUCAAAACCCUGUACAAAGCCUGCAAAGGAAUGGGAACUGACGAAGCAGCCAUCAUUGAGAUCUUAUCAAGCAGGACAUCGAAUGAGAGGCAACAAAUAAAGCAACGGUACAAGGCAACAUAUGGCAAGGACCUGGAGGAGGUGCUCAAGAGUGAGCUGAGUGGAAACUUCGAGAAAACAGCCUUGGCACUUCUGGACCAGCCCAGGGAAUACGAUGCUCGGCAGUUGCACAAGGCCAUGAAGGGUCUAGGCACAGAUGAGUCGGUGCUCAUUGAGAUCCUUUGCACAAGAACCAACCAGGAAAUCACCGCCAUUAAAGAGGCCUACCAAAGGCUCUUUAACAAUAGCCUGGAAUCAGACGUCAAAGGUGAUACAAGUGGAAACCUAAAAAAAAUCCUGGUGUCCCUGCUCCAGGCUAAUCGCGAUAAAGAAGAUGAUGUGGACAAAGAUUUAGCUGGCCAGGACGCCAAAGAUCUGUAUGAUGCAGGGGAAGGCCGUUGGGGCACAGAUGAGCUUGCUUUCAAUGAAGUCCUGGCCAAGAGGAGCUACAAGCAGCUACGAGCCACCUUCCAAGCCUAUCAAAUUCUCAUCGGCAAAGAUAUCGAGGAAUCCAUCAAAGAAGAAACCUCGGGAAAUCUUCAAAAGGCCUACUUAACUCUGGUAAGGAGUGCCCAGGACCGUGCGGAAUAUUUUGCAGACUGCUUGUAUGAGGCCAUGAAGGGGGCAGGGACUGAUGAGAAGACGCUCAUUCACAUCAUUGUGACCCGAGCCGAGGUGGACCUUCCGGAGAUAAAAACCAAGUUCCAAACGAAGUAUCAGAAGUCUCUCGCUGACAUGGUUGAUUCUGAUACCUCUGGCGACUUCCGGAAAUUGCUCUUGGCCCUCUUGCGUUGAUCCAGGCCAGGCCAGUAGGAACACAGGGAAGAACCAUCUUUGUCAAGAGCCCAUUCCAAAGCAUUUGUGCAAUGCAAGUCCAAAACAAAUCUCUCAAGUCCUGAUUUAUUUUCUUGGCAGUUUGAACAUUAUGGCGAAGUCAAGCUGUUUAAGUUAAGGGCAGCAGCCACAGGAUUGGGCAGGUCUCCCUGAAUGUGGGUUUGGCAGGUAUCUGGGCUGUCUCUUAACCUUCCUUUAUGAUGAUAACCGGGGGCUUCCGAAGCAUAAAUGAAAUCAGCAUAUUAUGCAUCUGUAGUAAAACAUUUUUAAGACUCUGUAAAAGCACAAGGAUGUGCAUAUUCUGGGCAAAGACCGAAUUAUUACAUAUGAGGAAUACAAAAUCAACCAAUUAACUUUCCUUCUGUGUAGUCAACGCUAAUUAAA